CUCUUCUUCCUCCCCUUGCCUCGCUCCUCCUCUGUUUCCAACUUUCCACCACCACAUGCCCCCCCCGGCGGCCGGGGCCCCUGUAUGUUUCCCGACCUUCACUUCCCUACUGCUUCUCCCUUUCACGAUCGUCUACCAUUCUGUACUUGAAUAAAAUUGGCCCUUUUUCUUAGUGUUUGUUUGGUGCAGAUCUUUUAAGGAAAUUCCUGUUAAUUUUUUAUCCCUGUGUGAACCCGGUCAAACUUGCUAUUUCGUUUUAAAAACGGUAAUUCCUUUGGUUUACCAGCAUGUCGAUGAUAACUGGAAGUGGAAGUAGGAUCACCAUCCCUGCACCAGAAAUACCACCAAGUCAUGCUAUUUUCUCAGCAAAAAUCAAGCGUCAGUCCAAGAAGAAAAAUCAGUUAAACUUUAUCAAGACAUUGGACUGUAAAACAUUGCAGAUGUGCGCCGCAGCACGCGAACCGUUUGGUGAAGCAAGAUCCAUGAGACAUAAAAAUCAGAGAAAGUCGGCCUCAAUGAUCUUUCAAUCAUCUUUGGCUGCAAGAUGUGUUGCCAUACAAGCUCUAGCCAGUGUAGAAAGACAUUCAACACUUACGAUGCCUCGAAUUAAAGGUGAUAUAAUGGCACCGAAGCUCAGUGACAAUGGCCCUAGAGUUCCUCCAGGAGGUGGUGGAGGUCCUGGAAGAGGUGGCGGAGGAGGCAGUGGUGGAAAUGGUGGAGGAGGAUAUUGGUAUUUAUAUGGUGGAUUCUUUCUUCUUCUGUUUCUUGCUUUUCUUUCAUAUCUGAAAGAUCAUGAGGAGCCAGGAAUGUAGUUAGGAAAGGGUACAGUAGAAAUUGAUAGUUUGGUUUAACUACAAUGGUUUACAAUAGCUAGGAAAGGUCUUCUCUUAUUUCCUUACAAUGGUUUAACUACAUCAGUUAAACUUGCCCUUUUUAUUUUUUUGGCCUUCUUGAGCCACAAUGUUAGGCAGAAAAAGGGAAAUUUUUUGAUCAAGCGAGAUCAACUUUUGAAGCAUGGUUGAUUUUGCAUCAUAUUACAGUGUUAGAAUUUGUGCUGCUGUAUUUCUACCUCAAUAUGCAUUA